UGUUUAUGCACAGAUCAAAGUCAGCACCCGAAAAUAUCUCGCGUACAAAAGGCCUCCUUUAGCCGAACGUUGAAACCGAAAUAAAGCAGUGUUGUCCAUAGAUUAAUUAAUUGUCAGGAUAAAGUUGAACGUGAAUACAGCUUAAUUAAACAAUGGCAAAAAUGAUUUUUCUGUGGUGUGUUCCGAUAUUGUUCGUCUGUGUGGGCAUGCUGCCUUCGGUAACAAUGCAUGGUCAUAGAAGUCCUGCAGCACGAAUCGGAUGCCACUUGGCCAAUUUCUCCAGAAACAUACGAGAGGACAACUGCGUACAAGCUGUUAUAACGAUCCAGGCUUGCAGAGGUUGCUGUAAGUCAUGGACCGUUCCUUCUACAGAGGCAAACAAAAUCUUACAUCCUGGUAAAAACAUUACGUCCAAAGCAUCGUGUUGUACUAUCCUUGAAUCUAGAGUGAUAAGAUUCCACUUUUUUGUAGCGGAAGAGUGGUCAUCAAAACAAUAAGAUCGGCAACUCGAUGCGACUGUUGGCGCUGUUUUGAAUCUAUCAGCACCAUAUCAGCACCCUAGCUUUCGAGUCAUUUGUACAAGCUUGCAACUCGCCUGCUGCGCACGCUUAACAGGACCAAUGCAACACAUGUCCUGUUCCUUGUAUCUCCGCUGUGGUGUCCACAAAUUCAUUUGUGUUUAUAUACUUGCUUUUUCCUGCGUUCAAAAAACAUUAGGUCGUCUUUUAAUAAAAACUGCUUUCCGCUUUGCAAUAUACGGGUGUUGUGACAGCCAAAUGAAAUUUCAAUAAAAUGUUUCAAGCAGACA